UGAAACCUAAUCGGUUGUUCAAGCAUAAACACAAGAACGUAUAUAUAUAUAUACAUAUACUCAUACAAUAUAUAUACGUUUCCGUGUUUAUACUACACGCACAAUGUCAAUCAAUCUCCUUAUGACCCUCCUCGGGACGACCUUCCUCCUUCUCGUUGCCUCAAGCCAAGCGUUGAAGCUUUCUCUCGGUGACCCCUGCACUGUGGCGGAUUAUCCAAAAUUAUGCAGACGCACGAUUAAGGGUCAAACGAAUGUCAACGCAGCGACGGAUAUGGCCAUAAAAGAGCUAAUGAAGCGGACCAUGCAAGCCAAAGAUAUGGCCAAGAAAGAGCCGAAAGGCGACGGAGGAGUUGCGGUUUGUUUGUCCACCUUCGGUAGCGCGUUUGACAACUUGGACAAGGCCCUUAAGAAUAUUCAGGGGAAUGAUGGUUUUAGCCUCAACAUUAACCUUAGCGCUGCGUUGACUGACUACGAUACUUGCAGCGAUGCAAUGAAGGAAACUGGUGAGGUUAGCGUUAGCGUCUUCUAUAAAUCAGCAGGCGUUUUGUAUAAAAUGGCUGAUAAUUGUUUGGCACUUUCUACCCUCGUUAAACUAUGAUUUAUUAAGGAGAACUGGGAAUUUCGGGGAAAGAAAUGAUAUAUUUAUCAUUUGAUUAUACGGGUUUAUUUAUUUGUAUUUUUCUUCAAUUUGAUUAAUUUCACAUUAGCUGAAAGAAAAAAAAAAUAGAAGGAAAGAUGAAAAAGGGGGAGGGAGAUCUUGCGUGUAUGUAGAUGGAAAACGUUUGGACACUGCUGGGUUCUAAUUCAAACAUAUCAACUUCUGUUUCAGUCACAUGUACAUGUGUAUAAUAAUAUUAGUUAGGUGAUAUUCUUCUCUUUUAUCUCCUUCUAUUAGAGUUUAUAAAUCUGUAAAAAAAUUGGGAGAGGAAAAACCAUUUUAACAACAGCCAUACUACAUACUUUAUU